AUGGCAGUGGUGAGUAUGCUUGUGUUCUUUUUCCUGUGUGGAAAAUGUGUGAAACAUUGCUCUACUAAAUGGGACUGCCCAAAAGAUGAAUGUUGUGCCGACCUAACCGUGCCAAGCAACAGAGCCAAGCGAGAAUCUUUCGUGGGAACAUGCAGGAGAUUAGGGACUGCAAAUGACAAGUGUUACCGCAGUGAUAGCAUCGACGAUGAUGUCAACUUCCUGUGCCCAUGUGGAACAGGGUUCUACUGCCAAGGAGGAAACCAGGACGAAGGCGAGAUCCCACUGGGUGAACCAG